ACACACAUAUAUACACACAGAGUCAACACACACCAAAUGCAGACACACACACAAAAACUGUCAGCAGCUGCUCUUAGGCUCACCAUGACAGCCUUACCUCACCUCUGAUUCGAGAAGGAGCCAAGCACACACCGCUCACUCAAACGCACCGCUCACAACAGGCACGGACAUACGGGAAACUGCCACUGGGUCAGGUAGAGACGAGUCACGGCAGACGCACGGCUGAUCCAGGACCGGUUGGAAGGAGAAAAUGGGGCUGUGGACGACCCUGAUUCUGACUUCACACCUGAUAUUAAAACUGUGCUUAAAUGUAGAAGCCCAGGCUUUAGCGGUCUAUGAUCUGCUCACCUCACCUGACUGCCUGCCAGACCUGCUGCAGGGCGGCCUGGCGGAGCAGGGCGUGAACGAGGCUUUCAUCCUAACCACCUUCAAGCUGCAGCCCAAGACCGGAACCACUGUGUUUGGCCUGUACAACCCGCGGGACAACAGCAAGUACUUUGAGUUCACCGUGCUGGGGAAGCUCAACCGAGCUGUGUUGCGUUACUUGAGAAGUGACAGACGGAUGAGCUCGGUAACCUUCAACAACCUGGUGCUGGCGGACGGCCAAAGCCACCGGCUGUUGUUCCACCUGAAGGGGAUGCAGCAGCAGGGGCCAGGCGGGGUGGAGCUGCACCUGGACUGCAGGCUGGUGGAGACAGUCCGGGAUCUCCCUGCCGUAUUCCAGGGUUUGCCGGCGGGCUACGGGAUGGUGGAGCUGAAGACCAUGCAAGCCAAGGAGCAGGACAACUUAGAGGAGCUCAAGCUGGUGGUGGGAGACUCGUUCGAGAAUGUCGCUUCAUUGCAAGACUGCCACCUCCAACAGAGAGACGCUGUGCAAACUCUAGGGGUCAACACAAAGCAGCUGUCCAAUCAAAUGCUGGAGUUAACCAAAGUGAUAAACGAGCUGAAAGACGUCCUCAUUCAGCAGGUUAAAGAGACCUCGUUCCUCAGAAACACCAUCUCAGAGUGUCAGGCGUGUGGACUUGGAGGAACAGAGGUGGUGAAGCCUAGAUGUGCCCCUGGUGUGUGUUUCCGUGAUGAUAUGUGCAUCGAGACAGCGGAGGGUGUUGAGUGUGGACCCUGCCCUGAUGGAUACACCGGGGACGGUUUCAGCUGUGAUGAUGUGGAUGAGUGCCAGUUUAACCCCUGCUUCCCUGGAGUGAAGUGUGUGAACACAGCCCCGGGCUUCCGCUGUGAGGCCUGUCCGCUGGGCUACACCGGUCUGCCAGUGGAGGGGGUGGGCGUUCUGUUCGCUCAGACCAACAAACAGGUCUGUGACGACAUUGAUGAAUGCAAAGGACCUAACAAUGGAGGCUGUACUGCAAACUCUAUCUGUCACAACUCAAUGGGCUCUUACCACUGUGGCGGCUGCAAGACAGGCUUCACAGGAGAUCAGCUGACUGGCUGCAAGCCAGAGAUCAGCUGUGGCAACAGCCUGACGAACCCCUGCGAUAUCAAUGCCCAAUGCACCGUAGAGAGAGAUGGUUCAAUCACUUGUCAGUGUGGAAUUGGCUGGGCCGGUAAUGGCUACCUGUGUGGAAAAGACACCGAUAUCGAUGGAUACCCAGAUGAGAAACUCAAAUGCAAGGAUAUGAACUGUAAAAAGGAUAACUGUAUCUACGUUCCCAACUCUGGCCAAGAGGAUGCUGACAAAGACGGCCAAGGAGACGCUUGUGAUGAUGAUGCAGAUGGCGAUGGUAUCCUAAAUGAGCAGGACAACUGCUGGUUAAAGCCCAACGUGGACCAGAAGAACAGCGACAAGGACAGCCACGGCGAUGCCUGUGAUAAUUGUCGCACAGUGGAGAACCCAGACCAGAGGGAUACUGACAGUGACGGCAAAGGGGACGCCUGUGAUGACGACAUGGAUGGAGAUGGCCUGAAAAACUUCCUGGACAACUGCCAGCGUGUCCAGAACAGGGACCAGCUGGACCGCGACGGAGACGGAGUGGGAGACGCUUGCGACAGCUGCCCUGACAUCCCAAACCCAAACCAGUCUGAUAUUGACAAUGACCUGGUCGGCGAUUCCUGUGACACCAACCAAGACAGUGACGGUGACGGUCACCAGGAUACCAAGGAUAAUUGCCCCCUCGUUAUCAAUAGCUCCCAGCUAGACACUGACAAAGAUGGGCUGGGUGAUGAGUGUGACGAUGACGAUGAUAACGACGGAAUCCCUGACAUUCUGCCACCGGGACCAGACAACUGUAGACUGGUACCAAACCCUGACCAGACUGAUGACAACAAUGAUGGAGUUGGAGACGUGUGUGAAUCUGACUUUGACCAGGACAAAGUGAUUGACAGGAUCGACAACUGCCCCGAGAACGCUGAGGUUACUCUGACAGACUUCAGAGCCUAUCAGACGGUGGUGCUGGACCCAGAGGGCGACGCCCAGAUCGACCCCAACUGGGUUGUUUUGAAUCAGGGCAUGGAAAUUGUUCAGACCAUGAACAGUGACCCAGGACUUGCUGUUGGUUACACUGCUUUCAGCGGCGUGGACUUCGAGGGCACUUUCCACGUCAACACAGUGACCGACGAUGACUACGCCGGCUUCAUCUUCGGCUACCAGGACUCAUCCUCCUUCUAUGUGGUGAUGUGGAAGCAGACGGAGCAGACCUACUGGCAGGCAACGCCCUUCAGAGCUGUGGCCGAGCCCGGCAUCCAGCUUAAGGCUGUAAAGUCAAGGUCGGGCCCCGGAGAGCACCUGAGAAACUCCCUGUGGCACACGGGAGACACCAACGACCAGGUGCGCCUGCUGUGGAAGGACCCGCGAAAUGUGGGCUGGAAGGACAAGGUGUCAUACCGCUGGUACCUGCAGCACCGGCCACAGGUUGGAUACAUCAGGGCGCGUUUCUACGAGGGAACUGAGUUGGUGGCAGACUCCGGUGUGACGAUCGACACAACCAUGAGAGGAGGACGACUCGGUGUGUUCUGCUUCUCCCAGGAAAACAUCAUCUGGUCCAAUUUGAAAUACCGCUGCAAUGACACCAUCCCCGAGGACUUCCAGGAGUUCAGCACUCAGCACGGCGUUGACUCACUCUAAAGUCGAAACUUGUGUGUGUGUGUGUGUGUGUGUGUGUGUGUGUGUGCGUGUGUGUGUGUGCAUUUGUG